GAUGCAGCCAUGACUUCUCUUUAUGUUCUUCACCUAAUACUUGUUGGGCUCAUGGGAAUUCACGGUGAAAUUGUUGGUGUGAGUAAAGUGUCAGUCAAGGCCGGAGGCUCCGUCUCCAUCCCAUGUCUGUAUGAGUCGAAAUACAGAGACAAUGUGAAAUGCUUGUGUAAAGGAAAAAAAUGGCCCAACUGCAAAUAUGUAGUUAAAACAAACCAGCUCGAUAAUUCAGAAGAGUUUUCAAUCUCUGAUGACAAAAACCAAGGAAUCUUCACGGUGACUAUUAAUCAUCUGACGGAUGAUGACAGCAGCUACUGGUGUUCUGUGGAGAGAGAUGUUUUACUGGAUGUCAAAAAACGUUUUGAGCUUUCAGUCACCAAUGAUGUGCAAAGUCUGUAUGUGGACAAGCAGGAAAUGACAGCAUUUGAAGGAGGAAGUGUGACUGUCUGGUGCCGCUAUGAAUAUCCAAAAGUAACAGAGUGGUGCAAGCUGGGCAGCAGCAGUUGUGUGACAGAUCAGACUGGAUCAAUAGAUGGAGCAACAGUCUCCAUCAAUGAAAGUGUCCCAAAAGUUUUCACUGUGACUAUGAGUGAACUGAGGACAAAGAACAGUGGCUGGUACUGCUGCGCCAACACAGAUUUCCAAAUGCCAGUUCAUAUAACUGUUCAUGAGUUAACCUCAACUACUGCAACUACAAUGAGCCCCAAUACAGCAAACUUUACAGGGACACGUCAAACAGCUAACCAGAAUUCCUCCCUGUUUAUGAGUGCAGAGCAACAUACAGUUCAGCCCACAAACUCCACCAUAAACGGGGCAGGUGGAGAGAGCCUCCAAGAUAAACACAAGAGUUUGACUAUUGUGACAAUUUUCACCGCCACUCUCGUCUUGUUGGUUGUUCUCGCUGCCUUUGUUGGAUACAGAAUAAUGAUAAAGCGCAAUAACACCAAGACUGAGGGCCCUGACAUUACUGCGGGCUCCAAAAUUGGGAAUGAUCCUGAUGUGCAUUAUGCCACCGUUGUUCAUAAUCAACAUCCAGCAGCCCAGCACAAGCAGAACAAUAUUCCCGAAGAGAUUGUGACGUACAGUACCAUUUUAAUAAAGGAGAGCGUGCGACAAACGACUGAACCAGUAGAUGGAAGUGUGAUCUACAACACAAUACAAACGAAAACAGAAUAAGUGCUAAUUAGCAGAAAAGAUGGGAGGACAUUAAUCCUGCAAGUAUAGUCACACUGAUGAAGUUAUUCUGAUGUGCACUUCAUUAUAAUACAACCUUUUGGAUGAAUCAAUCAACCCAGCAGUCUGUAUUAGACAAGUGUGCAAUUGAGAGACUCUUAGUCACUUGUGUUAUUUUGUGCAAACCUGCACACAUACAGUUCAUCAAAUAAUAAAGAAAAAGCAAGAUGAAAAUGCUAUUUUUUCCCCAAAUGCAUGUGUUAAAAUCAAGAAUUUGGGAGGGCGAGAACUGCACGGUGGUACUGUGUUAAGACUCUAAAUUAAAGGUUUGAUGUGGAAAAUGUGUCACUUUCUGUUUGACACAGUGAGUAAGAGCAAAUAUUUUAAUAUGGACCAAAAGCAGAUCAGAGGCCACUAAAAUCGACCAAAUAUAGGAAGGUGCUUUGUGAGUAAAAUGCUUUAACUCACUUCAUCGUCUCUUGGUGCAGCUUUUCUAAUGAGAGUUGACAUCUUGCCAUUGAAGCCUAUCAUGAUCCAGGAAGGACAUUUAAUCAUUUCCAUUCCUCAUCCUCCUCCACACAUUGGCUUUAACGAGAUGCUUUAACAACAUCCUCUACAUAUUGCUACUAACAAUUAUUUGAAUUAUCAAUUAAUCAAAAAAACAAGUUUAUCCCAAGUCCAAGGUGAGAUAAAUGUCUUGUUUUGUCAAUACAAAACCCAAAGAUAUUCAAUUUAAUAUGA